AUGGUUGCCCUCGUCCCUAUCGCCCACAUCGUGGCGGCCGUCUUCUCCAUCAUCGAGCUUGGUCUGAGCUCCUAUGUUGCGAGCGGCUACAAUGGCUACAACGGCUUCAGCGGCUGGUGGUCGCGCUCCCCCGACAUUGUCAACUUCAUCAUCUUCAACUCGGUUUGGUCCCUGUUGGUCCUCGCCUACGUCGGCAUCACCCCUCUGUACAUGACCCGCCUGUUCCACAAGCUCGUCUCCCUCGCUCUGCUUGUCAUCACCACCAUCUUCUGGUUCGCUGGCGCCAUUGCUCUCGCCGUCUUCGUGGGUGCUCCUCGCUGCGGCGCCAACACCUACUGCGGCUCUGCCCAGGCCGCCGUCGCCUUUGCCUUCUUCAUCUGGGCCAUCUUUACGUUCCUUGCCGUCCUCGACACCCUCGAGGCUAUGCGCUCGCGCGGCCACAGCGCCAAGGCCAACCACACCUACCCCGGUGCCUAA